CUUCUUUCUCAUACGCGGUCAUCAUAAAAGACUCGAUUGCCGCUACAUUUGUAACAAGUCACAGCACUUUUGCCUGGGUAUUUUGUUGCUGUUUGAAACAUUACAAACAUCGGGUCGGCGGCCGGUGCUGCAAAGUAAGCGGCGGUUCCCGCCUUCAUAAUCUUUCGUCCGUUAUAUAGCAACCACGCAAGAUUCACAGACCGACGAUGGACAUAUCCAUGCGAUAUUAACUCUGCCCUUGCUUUUUUACCACUAGCUUCCAUCUUGACAUUCUGAACAAGCCAAUACUAAGCACUGAAAGGAAAAAAUAAUGGCCGCAGCAGACGUCGAGAUGCCCUUGGCAGAAUCAUCAUCAUCUCUCGCGACCUUGUCGAGGAGACAGCAUUUGGGUCAGACAUUUGAGGCCUACCGGGCCGAGUUGGACGACGAGAAUGCCCUGCGAGAAAAGCUCAUCAUCCUCUCUCGAUCAAUCACCCAGCUGUCCAAGAAACUCAUCUUCCACCUCCACCGAGGAGCCACUUCCCAGCCAGCUCAACGUCAGAAAAACAUCAACGAGGCCGAGAAAAAGGAAAGAGAGAUUGCUGCAGUGUUCAAGAAUAUCAGACAAGAGUUGAGCGAUGCCAGGCCGGGUGAAAGUUGGGAAAGUGGGUUCUGGAAGUGGAGAAAGUCCAUAACACCUGGGCUUGAAGAGUACAUUGAAGGCUUGUCUUUCAUGUGGUACCUGCAACAUGGUGGUCUGGUGCCUCUCGACCAAGUGCAAAAAGCGCUUUCUGACGAGAAUGGUGAACCCUUGAUCUUCGUCACGCCGGAAGACUACAUCCUGGGGAUGUCUGACCUUACCGGCGAAUUAAUGCGAUAUGCAACAAACGCUCUCGGUACUGGUGACCAUGAGACUCCAUUAUCCAUCUGCGACUUUGUUCGAACUGUCAAGACUCAUUUUGACGCAGUCAAUCCAGAUGCUAUCAGGCAACUCUCAAAGAAACAGGAAGAGACUCAAAGAUCAUUAGAAAAGAUUGAGAAGGUUUGCUAUGCCCUUCGUCUUCGAUUAAUCGAGUUUGCAGACAGACCCGAUAUUCUCGCGCAAAUGGCAAAGAGGGCGCUGGAUGAUGCUGCUGAUAAAGGGCAGGGACCUGCUACCGAGUAAAGAUAGAGGGGGGCAAAGGAAGCAGUGCCGUUAUGCUGUACAUAUACACCGACCAUGAAAAGAAGCAGAUCGAAUAGGAUGCUGGAACUGGAGUGAGGCUCGAAACUCGAUUCGUUUUUGCGUCAUCCUUGCAUUCCAGACCUAAUUCUUAGCCCAGAGAAAAAAAAACGUACUUGCCACUCAUGACCAACAUCUGUACCAUAACAUCUAUGCAUGCAUGACAAGAGAAGGG